AUGACAAACCAGAAAGACCUAGGAUAUGGAUGGCUUGCGAAAGCGAAAUUUGAGCAAGACAAGGUGCUAAAGGAAAAGUCCGAUAGCUGGAAGGCCGCAAGAUGGCAGGCAUAUUGGGAGGAUGUCCGCAAAGGAACUGUGAAGCGCAUGGUAUACCUUGUCCUGAUAACUAAAUCCGGCCCAAUUACAUCACCAGAAAAGUUACAGGAGAUUGCUGGUCUUACCUCACCACCGGAGGUUUAUACAACUGUGAAGAUGAAAGAUUUCGGUCAAGAGCCACCAGCCGAGCCACGGGAAGAGGAGAAAGUCCAGUACUGCACUGUUGGAAACUUGCAAGCUGUAAAAGCCGCGACUUAUGGUGUGCACCAGCUAGUGUGGUUUCGAGAUGCCCCGCUGGGCGCAUGGCUAGCGUACUCUUUGAAGGCGGAUGACCGACAGUGGGAAGAUUUUCGCGAAGCAUGCCGCACAGGAGCCAUUCCAUACACUUAUGGCACCUAUUCCAUUAUCAUAUCCAACGCAGGUCCCUUCACAUCCCCAGAAAAGUUACAGGAGAUUCUUGGUCUUUCAGCACCACCAGAAUUGAAGAAAGCAGCCCGAGCGGAACUCUCCGAGGACAUGCGGCCUUGGCCAAAAGAGGGGGAUUUAAUGCAGUAUUGCGAUGUUGACCUUUGCUACCUGGACAAGGUAGAGGAAGUCUCCGAAGGAGAGGAUAUCCUCAUUUGGGCCAAUAGAAAAAAAAGGUGUGGUUGGCUUGCCCACUCUUUGAAAUCGAAGCUUGGGGGUGAAUAUGUUGAUGCUAGCAACGGCAAAGAAAAAGCUGGCGAAAGAAGGCUUCGCUGA